AUGUCUGCGACGUUCCACGGAGUGUGGCUGAAUCACCUGCUACACAAUCUUCUCGAGAGCAGAGACGACACUGCCACCAUUGUUGUGGACAACAAGUUCGAUGCUAGAAAAGCACUGGAGAUGUUGCGUGGGAAGCGCCUGGUGUUGGUGGGGGACUCCAUUGGAAGGAACCAAUGGGAAUCCAUCAUGUGCUUGCUGAGAAGGGCGGUCUUGGAUCCAACGAGGAUUCGUCAAGCAGGUGGCCGCAGGUUUAACAAGAAGAGAGGAUAUUACAAUUUCAGGUUUUUGGACUACAACUGCAGCGUGGAGUACCAUAUGGCUCAUUUCCUGGUGAGCGAAGGCAACAAGAGAGGUGACAACACAGAGACGUUGCGGAUUGACACCAUUGCUCGGAGCUCAACGAAAUGGAUAGGUGCGGAUGUGCUUGUGUUCAACACUGGUCAUUGGUGGUCUCAUCGCAAAACCAAAGCUGGGGUGAAUUAUUACCAAGAAGGGGAUGCCGUCCAUCCCAACCUAGAAGCGAACACGGCUUAUCACAGGGCUCUAACCACAUGGGCGUCGUGGAUUGACCACCACAUUGAUCCGCUGCGAACGCAAGUUUUCUUCCGGACCUCGGCCCCAACGCAUUACAGAGGCGGAGAGUGGAAUUCAGGGGGGCACUGCACGGAGAGCAGGAUGCCCAUCGAUGGUGUCGCUCAUGCGAGGCGGCAUCCGCCGGUGCCCGAGAAGAAUGCCAUCUUGGAGCAAGUGGUGAAGCAGAUGAAGACCCCCGUGACGAUCAUGGACAUCGUGUUUCUCUCUGGGCUUAGGGUAGACGGCCAUCCGUCUGUAUACGGGAGGAAGGGGAAGAAGAUGGGAGGAGUUGAGUCGAGCAUCCAGGAUUGCAGCCACUGGUGCCUUCCCGGAGUGCCGGAUACGUGGAAUGAGCUAUUGUUCUACCAUCUAGCAACACCCUCGCAAAAGCACUGA